AAAAUACAAUGAAGAUUUUCUACUCAAAUGAGCUUCAAGAGCUGCGGGCCAGUGGGGCUCGAGUCCACACUUCGAAACCGCAAGGAAAUCCGAAGAGACCAGUAAGAGACUUGAACAGCCUACUUCGUGACAUAUACGAAGUGAGAGACAAACCGUUGAGGGACAGGAAUUUUCCGAAACACUUCAAAGUGUUCCAAGCUGUGUCCUUAAAGUUGAACGAUCUGAUGAAGAAGGUGGAUCCGUACUACGAGCGGUAUUCUUUAGUUCGAUUUGAAGGUAGAAAAGACCGCCUACGCAUCAACAAACCAGACGACCUUGACGUGGAAAUCGUCAUCGGCCUGCCCGUCGACCUGCAUGAUCCUGCGCAUGAUGACGUCAUAGAGGACGUGGCACCCGGCUUUGUGAAGCUGAAUAUAGGAGGCCAGUUGCAAAACUUGCUGGAUAGGGAAGGAGAAUGGCGAGUAAUCCAAACUGCUCACAGAUGGUUAGACAAGGACAACUACCUGCUCCGCACUCUGUUCAUGGACUGGUACAAGAGCGUAGUCGACAAAGCGAUGGACCUCUUCGAUGUGACUGAAGAUAACCUCCCGUUCGCCAUGAAUGUGAUAACGGUUGAGGGGGAUACGUACAUCCUGCGAUUGGCAGACGGCCAGUCAUACACACUGAUCGUCGAGGACCCGCAGAGCGGGUUCCGGCUGGACGUGGAUUUGAUCCCUGCACUCGAGCUCCUUGACAAGGACAGCACAAGGGUUAGUGAUUAUAAAGGACAUUUUAGGGGCACCGUACACCCUGAGACUGGCGGCCACUCUCACACGCUGAUGGUCGAGGCCCCGCAAUGCGGGUUCCGGCUGGACGUGGACCUGAUCCCGGCACUCGAGCUCCUUGACAAGGGUAGCACAAGGAUGCCGAGCAAGCGACGCAAGAAAGGAAAUUUCUUGGUGGUGCCUAAACCCAAGAAAGGUGGACCCGACGAGGCCGCGGCCUGGCGGCGGCCUCUGCAGCUACAGGAGUGGGACCUUUUGUACAUGAAUCAGGCCAUCCGACUGAUAAAGAAGCUGCGGGACUCCCAAGGCAUGGACAAAAUACAAAGCUACUACAUCAAGACCAUAUUCUACCAUGAGUCCAUCGAGCAAGAACAUGAUUCAGAUUUUUGGAGCAGGAAUGCUCCCGCUACACUCUUCAUACACAUGGUCAAGAGAUUUCAUCAAUACCUGGAGACAAAAAACAUCCCAUACUUUUGGAAUACAGACUAUAAUCUCAUAGGCAAUAUUGAUGAGACAAUUCUAGACGGUUACGCGAAAAAACUAAAGAGAUUUAUUAAAAUUUUAGAAGAUCCGUCGGAGUAUAAAAUUGUUGCGAAAUACUUGAUGUCAGAAAGUCAGUUUAAGGAAUAUAAAAAGAAUUUCUUGAAGAUUUAACCUUCGCCUUCGCCGAGAUAAAUUAUAGACGUACUACAGUCAUUAGGUCAUUACAGCGAUUGGCUGAAUUGAAUCGCGUUGGCUUGUAAAAGCUGUAACAGACAAGCGUUCCGGAUCGGCACCUUCUUCCGGUCAGCAUAUCUCUCUUCUCGCUCUCACUUAUAGCUGCGUCCUUAAUGAAAGCGGACCACCUUCCAAUCGAUGGAUCAUCACCGGACUAAGGUCGCGGUCCGGUACUCCUGUCUGUAACAUCUUUUAUUUGUAAUCGCUAUUUGUCUCUCUUUCUAGCAAAUAUUGCUAAUAAA